AUGACCUGGUCCGAGGGUGAUCUCUGGAACGUGACCCUUGACCUCGAUGCGGGCAUGGUGUACGAGUACAAGUAUGUCGUGGUGAACUACGACGGCCACUCAGCUGCCGCGUGGCAGCAGGGCAGCAACGCCUGGGGCGACAAGCGGGUCGAGGUAUUUGACAAUUGGGCCAACGGUCCCGGCGCGGUGGUCGUGACAAACGGCGUGGAGGCGACCCGCGAGAGGAAGCUGCUCGCGUGGGCGGGUGACUACGUGGCGCAGCGGUUCGAGCUGGCGCGCGCCAAGGCGGAGCUGUCGCAGGUGAGCGCGGUUGGCGCGGCGGGCGCGGUUAGCGCGGCCGGCGCGCCGCGCAAGGGGACCGGCGGCAAUGCAGUGUCGGCGGCAGGGAUCAAACCCAGUUGGCGCCCCUGA